UUUAAUCUAACAGACAACCAGUCAACCAAAACCAAAACCACCAUCAUCUCACCAUCUCUUCCUGAACUUAAAGUAGUUUUGUUUCCUGUUGGGGUUCAAGUUUAAGUGGUAAAUACUUUUGUUCACUUCGUUGUUCCCAUGAGGUUUCAUUUUGCCUCCCCAGGUCCUCCUUACGGCUGGGAGGAGGCCUACACCGCCGACGGACACAAGUACUUCAUCAAGUAAGACCAACCAAACACCUCGUUGUGCUCCAUCCUGCUUAAAAUCUGAUCUACUUUACCACAAGACGGCUUCAGAGAGUCAACGCGUGACCACCAGGGAAACACCUCAGUUCAGCCGAUGACUCUCAUUAGACACACGACUUAAAUACAAAGGAAGGUUGGGAGGCAGGUAAAGAGACCAAAGGGAUGUGAAGCAAGAUCGGUGUCCAGAGAGAGCGUGACGGCGGUCAGCUGAUCGACAGGAAGUAGACCUCUAGAUGAAAGGAACAGAAAGAUGAGGCAGCAGAGCGUCCGAUCAGUCGCCGCCUCUUUACGUGUGCCUUUAACCCGUGACAGUCACAUGACCCAGACCACCUCGUGGAGCCUCCCCGGGGGCGGCGGCCAUGUUCCUCCUCGUCCUCCGGAGGUCUCCGGUCCGAAGACGGAGCGCAACGGGGAGUCCAUCGAGACGGAGAUGUGACGCCGUGGGACGGGCGCCUCCCUCGUCAGAUUUUACUUUCAUUAAAGUCAUCAGGAAUCAGAAGGAGAAGCAUCUCCACCACGUCCCGUGUUUCUGCACCACACCGAGGAAGAAGAAGCAGAAGAAGCAGAAGAAGAAGAAGCAGAAGAAGCAGAAGAAGCAGAAGAAGAAGAAGCAGAAGAAGAAGAAGAAGAAGAAGCAGAAGAAGCAGAAGCAGAAGAAGAAGAAGAAGCAGAAGACACCAACAACGCUCCGUUGGAGCUCAGCAUGACGACUUCAAACCAGACGCUACAACGACAGCAAAGCAUUCUGGGAGCUGAAGAGAUGACAUCAUUCUGCUCUUUGGCCUUUAUUAGGUGUGUGUGUGUGUGUGUGGGUGUGUGUGUGUGUGUGAGUGAGUGACAGGCUGGAAGUGGGAGGGGCCAAGCCAACGGAUCUCAGUAUUGAUUUUUCCUUUAAAAGCAGCUAAAAAUAUCAGCUUAUCACAAACACACA